GGGGGAACCGCAUCCCUCCAUCGCUUCCUGUCUACUGGCCUACGGAACCUGGGUCGGUCCUUCCUCGCUCUCCGGUCUAGGGUUUUGACCCUCUACAGGAAUCAGGCCUACUUGAAGUCGAAAACCUACAAGUUCGAGGUAUGGAUGAAAAGCCUAUCUAUCAUGAGAAGCAGAGACUGCAGUUUUGUCUAUUGCACGCACUCAAUAACCUGAUGCAGUUCUUUGUGGUUAAGGAAAAGGACUCAUUUCGUCGAGCUGAGUUGGAUGCCAUUGCAGAGAAACUUUUGGCCGAUGAUCCUUUCAGAAGCCAAUGGACUCCCCUAUCAUUAAUCUUUAAGCCCCAUCACAAUGUCUUUACUGGAAACUAUGAUGUCAAUGUGCUAAUUGCAGCACUGGAGUCCAGAAGGAAAAGGGUUGUUUGGCAUGAUCGUCGAAAUGGAGCUUCUUCCAUUAACCUCGCUGAGGAAUCUUUGUUGGGUAUAAUGCUUAACAUCCCUGUUAGGAGGUUCGGGGGGGUUUGGAGUGGCAGGCAUUGGGUCUCAUUGCGCAAUAUCAAUGGUGUAUGGUACAACUUAGACAGUGAUCUCGCUUCACCAGUGCCAUUCGAGCAUCAAGAAGAGAUGAGAGAAUUCUUGAACAAUGUUAUCGAUCAGGGUGGAGAGAUUCUGAUCAUCCUGCGUGAGAAGCUCUGAGAUAAGACCAGAUCCGCUGCAUUUGGCUGAGUCGUUGUACCAUCUGUUACGUUUCGGAUAAUAUCUGAGCUCAAGGGAGUUGGCAUCCAUAGUGUGUUUGUUGUUUUCGUUGAUUCCAAAGGUGUCGUUUGCCAGUCACAA